UCGAACUUUCCAGGCUCUUGUGCCAGCUGUGCGGGCAUGCUCGCUUUGCCAACGUCAACUUCACCAUUUAUUUGUCUUUAUUAACCGCCUGCGCUUGCCGAGCCAUCCUCGCUACUCUGGUAUCUAAUUUAAGCAGUAAACCCGAUGGCCAUGCAAGGCUCGCAGCAGCAGCGUGGCCGCAGAGAUUGGUCGCGGCAAUGGUCGCAGCUGUGGGCUCCGCUGCUCGUAAUGACUGCCUACUGUGCCCUAGUGGCGAAGAGUCAGACCCCGCAGGUGUGCUGGAAUCGCGACCUGGGGGACUACGGAGGACAGCAGUUAUCCACUACUGACAUUGCCGACGGUUCAAUCUUGACCUCGGGGGGCGACAGCCUGGUCUGCUUUGAGAAAACUGGUCAGCGGCGCUGGCUGUUCCGGUUCAACCGCAAGACCGAGGUAGUGGCCGACAAUCAGACCUUCACCUACUCGGCACGCCAGGAUGGUGCCAGCCCCUUCAUCGCGGUAUCGAGCACCGGCCUUGUUUACCUGGCCGCCGCCAACGCAAUUCUGUAUGCGCUGGACGUGCGCACCGGCGACAUCGUGUGGCACUGGCGCGACAGCCCCUCCACAUUUGAGUCCAUCACGUACGGCGACGGCCGCGUCUACGUGUCCACAAGUGGGUUCAGGCGGUGCUACUUGGCUGCGUGCGCGCCUGAUUUCAAGGCAUAUGCCCUGGACGUGGUAACAGGGGAGGUUUUGUGGGGGACGCAGUUCCGGCGUGUGUCCUCCUGGACCACCGGCUGGUUCAAGGGCGUGUUUGUGCGCCCAGACGUGGACGGGCGCGUGUGGGGCGUGGAUGCUGAAACGGGCGACCUCAUUUGGAUGUUCAACAUGGGUGCUGAGAUUCAGUACCGGUGGGACCCGGAACUGCACUUCCAUCCCUCGGGCAUUGGAUUCAUGAUGGCUCGGCCCUCCCAGAUCUGGGCAUACAACGUGACUUCGGGUGACGUCCUUUGGAAGAUGAAUGCCCGUGAGGGAUACAUGAGCCCUGACAAUGAUGGCGACAAUCGGCAGACGUUCGAGGUGUGGGGAGACCUGGUGAUCGCUCAAGAUGAGGCCGCCAUUGAAACCAACCCCAACAAGUACGGCAUCCUUCAGGGUCUGGACGUGUUCACUGGCGUGCGUGUGUGGAUCCGCGACGACGUCUACCCGGGCAAGUACGGCAUGGUGGUCACCGAGGGGCUGCUGGUCUACACCACCUACAUACCGGAUAUGUCUACCCUGGACGUGUCUUCUUCCCUCCUGAUCAGCGCCAUGGGACCCGACCACCAAGACGUCUGGAACUGGCAGCGCGAUGGCGCGACACCCGCCGGCCAGAUCCAGGCGCUGGACGGGCUCGUGUUCGAGCUGCAGGGCGACAUCAGCAAUAUCACCUUUAACAACUUGGACCCGUCCAUGGUACUGGUGGCGCUGCCUGCCACGCCCAGCGUCAUUUGCCCGCCCGAUGUCAAGUCCCCGCCGAUCACUGACAACAACAACCAGCAAUCGACCAACGCUGUAAAAGCUCCGCCGCCGCCGCCGCCGUUCGUGAGCGGCAAGCCCUUCUGCUGGACUCAUUCAUUCUCCUACAAGCCGCUGGGCAGCCCUACCUCUGACGGCGUGCGGGCGUACGGCCAGGACAACGCGGGGUUGGUCAUUGCAGUGUACCUGGACACGGGGGCCAUUGCCUGGAAGGCCACUUGCGGGCCCGAUAGCAAUUCGUUAUACUACCCAUCCAACGUGGUUGUGGUGGACGGGGUGGUGUAUCUGGGCUGCUCCAAUCUGGACGUGCAAGCGCGGGAUGCGGCCACCGGACACCUGCUGUGGCGGCGCCCAUUUACGCUGACGCCCGACCGUGCGGUGUACAGGGGCGGGAUCAUAGGGAUCCCCGCCGUGGCGAACGGCAAGAUAGUCAUAAGCAAAGCCGACGGCUUUCUCCAAGCGCUCAACAUCACGAACGGCCAGCUCGUUUGGAGCUACGAUACGGGCAUCCUUGUGGCUGACUCCGUGGGGAUCCGGGACGGUGUUGCGUACGCCAUUGCACGUCACUCCGUGGAGAUUCGUUACAGUACCAUCGUGGCUGUGGACCUAGACACCGGUGUCGAGGUGUUUGCCAAACCACUGGAGCCCAAGUGGGCCAUGGAGCCCGGGCGUCUCAACUUUCGACACGACAACACCCUGGUCUACUCCACCGGGUGGCCGAACGCGCAGCUUCAGGCCACCACGAUCGGCCGCGACGGUGGAGACCUUGCAUGGAACUACCCCAUCUCGGACAGCACCGGGGUCUACUCGGUGCUGGUCGUGUCGGGUGAGGACCUGGGCCUGCCCCAUGACGCGCUCUUCUACAACGACAACGAGGGCCUCGUCACCGCCCUGGCUCUGGGCAGCGAUGGGCCUACAGAGGUCAUGUGGACGGUGGACUUGACCGACCCGAGGUUGUGGCCCGGGGUGGAGAACCUGCUCACACCGGGCCAGCCCGACUGGGCGCAGAUUACCUACUCUAACCACACGCUGUACAUCCCCACGACCCAGGGAGUGUUUGUUGUCGGGGCCACAAACGGUGAGGCUCUGUGGUCCGACCUGCGCUCCCGCCUCAACGCCAACAUUCACGUGAUCGAGCGGCCGGGCGGGCCCCAAGUCAUCUACGGCAGGUACCUGUCUAACUUUGAGUCCAACACGCCUCAGUGCCGGCCCCCCAAGCCCACCGGCCUUGUCACAAAGAUCCCUGUGCGCGGUUCCAUGCCCGCUGAUGGCGGCGAGGAGCCCUCAACGCCCACAGACGCGCCGGCGCCUGACAGUCGCCCGGUGCCUGUGACUGCCUCCCCACCUCCGUCGGUUGCUCCCGCCCCCGCCCCUUCCCCGUCGUCCUCUCCUUCACCAUCUCCCUCCCCGGCGCCCGUGCGCUCGCCGUCCCGCUCCUCCUCGCCUCCGCCGCCACCAGUGUGCCCGCCCUGCCCAGCCAUUAACUGCUCCGCGCCCGCCAAGAGGCCGUCGUCGCCCGCCGCGGUCGCAGUGGCUCUGGGUCUGUCUGGCCUGCCGUACAACAUUGUUAAAGCCGACUCCAAGCUCCGUGACCGGGUUGCGGGGGCUGUGGAGAAGCUGGUCAGCGGCCAGGUGAUUGGGUUCGUGCGUGUGCGAGUUCUGGAUGUGGAGAGCGCCGCGGGCGGCACGGCGGCUGUGCUGCGCCUGAGCCUGCAGCGCAGCGGCGGUGCGUCUGCUACCGCUGUGGCGUCUGCGGUUGAGGACGCGGCUCUGAGCGGCAAGCUGCAGGAGGUUGUGCUUGCGGCCAAGGUGCCGGCCAAGGUGCGCAGCGUGGUGCUGAAGGUGUGAGAAGGUGGUCAAGCAGGUCUGGCAUACCUUCCAUACAGGACACUUACUUAAGACACAGUGGAGAUUGCGCAUUACAUGUGAUGGAUUCGGUAUGUAUCUGGGCAUGUCAUGGAUACUCGUGGCCUCGAAAAGAAGCGCCUUCAUAUUAUGGGGAUUUCCAGACUGAGCUGGGAUGUCCUAGGGGGCGUGUCAAAAUUAUGCGUGCACUGCACCACCAAGGGUUUGCUUGGGUGUCAUCUUUCAUGUGUCCAUGUGGAGUGCGUAUUGACUUGGCCAGCAUUAAGGAAUGUGCUUGCCUGGUUGCAACGAGGCAGACCGGGCUAACUGGGCUAACGCCUGCUUCCUAGUACAGCUGCGGCGUGGAGCUUGCGUGGGAAUGCUUUUGCCGGCGGCUGUGCGCUGAUACUACUGGAGUCAAAGGUCACGACCUGGCGAAGGAAGGGCAUCGCGAGAGGGGCAUUGGUGUGGCCAUUGGAGCCAUGAAGGUAACAACUCUGCUGGAGCGCAAGGUUGCAGGACGUGGAAGCUCCGCACUGACCUACUACCGCAGAGCAGAGGAAACGGAAACGCCUCCCUAAAUAAAUGCUUGCGCCUU